AUGCCGCGAGGUCGACUGUCGAACGGGAAACGUGGGGCGACCAUUCCUAAGCGCCUGAGCUUAGCCAAGAAGGGAAAGGAGGUGGUGCAACCGGAGCAAGAUGACGGGACGGGCGCCGAAAGUGCAGAUUCGUCCGAGCGCAGCGAGGAGGAUGACGAGGAAGGCUCAGACACAUCGGCCAGCGCCUCACACGAAGAAUCCGCCGACCCUGCUCCGGAGGCGAAGACGAACGACGAUGGGUGUGCGGGAACCGCUGCGCCCAAUGCUGACACGCGCGCAAGCCAAGGCGCGCGGGACACGGAUGUGCCUCGAGUUGACGCUCAUCGGAUGACGCUUACUUUGUUCAUCGUGUACACCAUACGUGCGCAGAGGGUUUGCGAGCUCGCCAGGGUGCACAUGUUUCUCAACAGGCCGACGUCGACGAUGACCUUCUACCCGAGCAGCGACGAUAAGACUCAUGGAGUGUGUGCGGUGCUGGACCGCCUGCCGCAUAGCUUCGCUUGCUUGGCGUUGGCGGCUGACAAGUCGCGACGCGCGGACCUCAACAAGACGCUCUCUGAGUGGAAGACGCGGGCCGUCGCCCGCGUGCGAGACAUUGCACUUCCCAAGCUCGGCUUGUUCCGCGACGACAGGGACGCAUCCAGCCCGUGGGCACCAGAGAAGGAGCGCAGUAUCGAGAAGAUCCGGGAGCGCAUUGGGCUUGGCGCUGACCGCCCUGGUGAGUGCCAUGAAGACAGCAGGUGGGGUCGCCUACGUGUUGGUAUGCUGACAAUGAGUGUAUGGCGGCCAUUGACACUGACUGUGCGCAUGUGGUGUGCAGAAACCCUGGUGCUCACGAGCUGGGCGACAGACCGGGACGGCAUGCCGUUUGCCUCUCGGGCGUUCGCGACAUGCGCGAAGGCUGCAUUCAGGCCUAAGAAGGCCGGGCUGGUGAUGACUCUGAAGGUGUACCACCUGGCCUGGUUGGAGCAUGUGGUCUCCGACUGCGUCCUCUACUGGGAGGAGAGGAAAGGCCGGCUUUCCAACUCGGCCGGGGGAAACGCCCACGUUGUGGACGACCUCAAGGUCCUGGUGAAGGAGGCCGUGGAGAGGGCGAUCCGGAUCCGCAACCCGGAGUAUGACGCGGAGCGCGAGGCGUGGACCUGGGGCCGCCAUGGACUGCGCAUCUCUGCGUGCGGCCUGGAGCACAUGAAGCCCACCGCCGCAGCUCAGUCCGAAGACCUCGUGGGGGAUGACGACCUUUCGGCGUCAGUUGGUGCUGAGUAG